UUAGAAAUGGAGUGCGCCUGACAGGCAGGCAGCUUGAGCUAUUAAUACCCACGAGUGAGGAGAGGCGAAUCUGUGUCUUUCGAGUAAUGGGUCCUUUACAGAAGAGCGUGUAUUGGCGGCUCAGUCUAAUAUUUGUUUUUACGGCAUUUAUGUUUUUUGUAGACGUUUUUACGGUACAUCAUUUUUCUUGUGCAAGUUUAAGGGAGUCUGGAAAUGUGAACUUUUUAGAUGAGUCACCAGAGAAGAACUUCUCAUACGACAUAUCCAACGAAAACAGGUCUCUCUCGAUCGCGUUUGCAGAAAGUUUUAACAGUUCAGAAUGUGGAGACAACAAACUUCGGGAGUACGGCCUAACAAUGUAUAUGAGUGGACUCCUGCUUGGUUCACUGUUUGGUGGUGCUCUCUCAGACAAAUAUGGAAAGAAAGUCCUCCUUGUGGGAUGCAGUACUAUACAGGCAAUCAUAGCAUUGAUGCCUGCAUUUAUACCCAAUGCCAUUUUCCAUCUAACUGCUCGUCUGAUUGGUGGAAUAAUGUGCUGUGGUAUAAACAUCGCUUCCUUUAGUUUGGGAGUUGAGUGGAGCUUGCCCAGAUACCACGUAUGGCCCCCCGCCUUGCUUUCCUUUUCCUUCAGCAUUGGGAUGAUGUUUCUGGCUCUGAUUGCAUAUCUUGCAUCAAACUGGCAACAGUUUUAUUUAGCCAUUGCAGUUCCACAGCUUCUUUGUAUCCCUCUUUACUUCUGUAUUCCAGAGUCACCGAGGUGGCUACUGAUGAAGAAAAGGUUCAGUACGCUAGAAGAGUACAGACAUGAAAGCAGAAAGGACCAGGAAAAUCUGGAUCUAAUUUUGGAGACUGUUGGAAUGAAAACCCAGCAACCCAUUGAACAAAAUAAUGCAAGUGAAAGAAUUUCUGAUUUUCAGCACUUCAAAUCGCAAACUAUAGUCCAGCGUCUUUGUAUCAUGAGUUUUAUAAGUUUGUCUUCUGCCCUUACAUACUAUGGAAUAUGUUUCAACGUGGGAAAUUUUGGUGUGAAUAUCUAUCUCGCCCAGUUUUUCUCAGGACUGACUGAAAUGCCGACUUUGCUGGUACCUUUACUGUUGGUAAGAUUUGGUCGUAGAACAUUCACCAUGAUUUCCCUGUUGAUGAGUGGAUCGGGCUGCUUGCUGUCCCUCCUGGUUUCCAAGUUGUGUGACAUGCCUUCACUUGUAAUGGCAUUAGCUUUAAUUGGGAAAUUAUGUAUGCAGACUACAGUAUUUGUGUCCCUGCUCUAUGGAAUAGAACUGUUUCCUACAGUUAUAAGGCAGAAAUGUGUAGGCUUUGUGAACCUGUGGUAUCGGAUUGGGUGCAUUUUAAAUGCGGUCUUGUCCCCAAAAGAUGGAAUUUCUCUUGAGGCGAUGAUUUGUUACGGUAGUGGCCCGAUACUUGGAGCAGGCCUAUGUCUCCUGCUGCCUGAGACGAGCGGAAUAUCUCUACCAGACACCGUUCAAGACUGCAAGAAGCAGCCAGUUCCAUCCCUUUUUUCUAAAAGCAGAAAAGUGCAUGUUCCUGGCAAGGAUUGCAGUGGCCUGGAGCCUAUCCAAGAACUACAGUAGGAAAAACAAGACGAGGGUGCAAAGCAAGACAACAUCCUGGAAGAUACACCGGUUCGUUUUCAGUGCUAAGUUAUAAAUAUUUUGGGGAAAAGCAGGAGAAAGCAAAGUUUCCGGCCAGAUAAGAUGGGGAUACCAGUAUUAAGAAGGCUUCACAGACAAAACGUUGACACAGACAAAUGUCAAAUUAAAUGUGAUUCAAUAAUGCUUGGUAACAACUUUUGAUCCCACCGACUCAGUUUCGGGAUACAACUACCGUGUGCUGCACUGCGCCACCCAGGCCCCAGAGAGUUUCUGGAAAAAAAUUUCAGAUAGGACUGCAAUACCACCCAUCCUAAUCCUGACGUGUGCCCCCAAAUUCAGGGCUGAUCUUAAAAAUCAUCUAAAUAAUGUGUGAAUCCUAACCCUAAGCCUACCUGGGGUGUCAAUUGAGCAUUUCCGCGAUCUGUGUCUGAGCCUCGCUGAGCAUUUGAUUUUGACAUGUUCCCCGAAGCAAAAGGUAUGAGUGGGAAACAAUGAAGACCGUUGAUCAAUGCUGUUGCAAUUAAAUGAGAUUAACGAAUGCUUGGUGACAACUUUUGAUGCAAUCCCUAGUUUUGGGAUACAAUUACCGCGCUGUGCACUGCGCAACUCAGCCCCCAGAGAGUUUAAAAUUUUUAAUAAUUUAAAAUAAUCUAGUGAGCUUCUUAAUGAAAUUAAUUAUAUUGAGAAGCUCUUUUCAAAUUACACUACAGAUAUGUAAACAUGUCAUAUUGGUGAUCUCAAUUAAGAGGUAAAUCUGUUUAAAAGCUUAGCAGUGACCACUGUCCUCAUUUCACACAAUUCAGAGUUCCAUUAAUUGUAGUUUGGUUUUUCAGACAUUUCUAUAUCUCCCCUAGGACCCCCCUUCUCAUCAAGAACGUCUUAUGAACCCUGCUGCACACGUUUCAAAGGAAAAUUUAAAAUAACAAUUGAUUCGAAAAAAACUAACUAUGGGUAAGAACAUUUUGAAGAUUGAUGAGGAAUACUAAAUUUUCAAGUUAACUAAGAGAUUUAAGGAUUUAAUUUCAAGCAGUCUUAAGUUAAAUAUACUAAAUGUAUAAUGUGUAACGGAACUAAUACUUUUUUGCUAAAUAAUCAGAUAGUAAUAGAAAACUGUAAAAGAUUAUACAAUAGGUAACUAAAAUUAACAGGUAAAAUCUCAGAACAUGUUCCACUCUUCAUUACCUGCCCUCAAAUAACCACAGAUAAUUGCUAAACAGUGCUAAGCCUGCUUUAUGGGGUACAAUGAAAGAUGUAUUUUUAAACAGUCUCAUAUGCAAUUCUGCAAUUUCCCUCACGGGAUCAAUAAAGUACUGUAUCUAUCUAUAUAAAAUGUACAAUAUUUCCAUUAAAAAGGCUACCUUUGGUUGUCUAACAACAAAAAUAAGAUAUAGUCAAGACAGUGAAUAAGCAGAUGUUUUCUUUUUACCUAUUAAUUGCUCAUACCCAAAAGCAACCUUUCUUCCAAGAAAGCUCUUGCUGUAUUGUGUUAACUUAAACCCAAUGCAUUACUAUUUUAAUUUGUCAUGUAACGAAUGGUUACUUAUGUCUUUUAACUGUACAUACUAGAUACUGUAGUACAUUGUGCAACAGUAUAGAAGUGGACUUGGUUAUGUGCGAAUUCUCAAUGGUUCUCUGCACUGAAUCCUCACGAAUGUGUAAAAGUAAAUGUUAGUAAUUUUAAAAAUUAAACUCUAGGUCACUCUUGAGAUUUUAAUGCAUGAUUAAGAAGGGAUAUGACAGGUCUGUGGUCAUCUGUGAGAGUAAGGCAUGUGCUGCCUAGAAAGCUUUCCUGAUUUAAAGUAAAAUAAUUGAAUUUGUAUUUGAUUACCUGUUCAAAGAUAAAAGCAUUACCUCAUGCAAUGAUUACCUGAAACUAGCUAAGAGAUGUCACAGAGCUCAGAAUACCGCAUGUUUUUAUACCACAUGGAUACCAUCAGGAAGUUUGCUUGGAUACAGAAAACCUCUUCUGAAAUAGAAUCAAGGCUGGUACCUUUGAUAAAGAGUGCGACAAAUAGUUUAACAGUAUUUCUUGAGGAAAAUGUAUGGUCAUGUUUUUCAUGAAUUCGUAAAGCAUCUCCAUUUGAAUAAAAUCAAUUUGUAAAUU